GGCCCCCGCGGCGCGCUCCCUAGCAGGCUCCACGCGCGUCCGGCUUUGCGCGCGGCUCCGGGCGGCCGGAUUCCUGGGCACGAUGGAGUGGGUGUGGGCGCUCCUGUUGCUGGCGGCGCUGGGCAGCGGCGGGGAGGCGCGCGACUGCCGCGUGAGCAGCUUCCGAGUCAAAGAGAACUUCGACAAGGCUCGAUUCGCAGGGACCUGGUAUGCCAUGGCCAAGAAGGACCCCGAGGGCCUCUUUCUGCAGGACAACAUUGUCGCCGAGUUCUCCGUGGAUGAGAGUGGCCAGAUGAGCGCCAAGGCCAAGGGCCGAGUCCGUCUGCUGAAUAACUGGGACGUGUGUGCAGACAUGGUGGGUACCUUCACUGACACUGAGGACCCUGCCAAGUUCAAGAUGAAGUACUGGGGUGUUGCCUCCUUUCUCCAGAAAGGACACGAUGAUCACUGGAUCGUGGACACGGACUACGACACCUACGCUGUACAGUACUCCUGCCGCCUCCUUAACCUGGAUGGUACCUGUGCUGACAGCUACUCCUUCGUCUUUGCUCGGAACCCCAACGGCCUGCCCCCAGAAGUGCAGCGAAUUGUUAGGAAGAGGCAGGAGGAGCUGUGCCUGGCACGGCAGUACCGGCUGAUUGUUCACAAUGGAUACUGCAUGGGCAAGUCAAAGAGCAACCUUUUGUAGCACCACGGAGGGUGCCACAUCUCCAGGAAAUACGGCCUCACCCUUGUUCAGCCUUCAGCUCUAUUUAUCUUCACUUAGUUGCUCCCUCUCUCCCACUGUCCCUCAGCAAACAUGAAAGCUGCCCUACACAUAAAAAUACAUAUGGCACUAAGUGGGUCUUUCUGCCCUCUAAUGUCUGCCUUAACUGGAGUUUUCCAGGGAACCAUGAGAGGCUUCAGAUUCCAGACUUGGAUUUAUUAAAAUACAGUCUCCCAUUUUCUAUGAUUCAGGUUUUGUCUGUGUUCAUGCCUGUGCCAGAGUGAAACCCCCGUGGAUUUACACCCCAGCAGUCUCUCUUCCCAGAGGCUUCUUUAUGACCUUUGGCCAGGUCUAGGCACCUAAUCCCCAUAAUUAGUGGCUUCUCUCAACUUCCUGAAAAAGGAGUUUCCCUUUAAUAGGGAGGCCUCAAUUGCUGGCUGGUGAGUGAAGGUUCAGCCAGGCCUCAGUCAGCUCCUAGGGCACCUAGGGAGGCCAGAGGGUCCACCCACAUUGGGUUUGGAAGACUAAGAGGCUGGGGUCUCUGGGAGUUUUUGGAAACACCACCAGUCCAUCAGUACACCUUGCACUUUAUUCACUUAUUUUAAAUAUGGACAAAAUGUUGAGAGGGAGGUAGCCUCAAGCUUUCCUAGAGGAGCUGGGACAUUGGGACCUGGAAGCCAGGCCUUGGCGAAGCCUACCCCCCACCCCCGGAGCAUUUAGGACACAUGAUAGCGUGGGGUGAGGAGUUGUAGCAGAAUCCCAGCACCCCACACUGUUAGCAGCACUUGGGAUUACUGGUGUGUACCCACAUGCAAAGCCAUUGCCUCCUUUCCAAGAAGUUCCCAGGAGUUUUUUUGUAAAGGUUGUAAAGGAAGUCCAAAAGGAAGGACUAGAAAGUCUUGGUUUUGUCUCAAAAUCCAGCUCAGAGCUAGAGUUUGUACAUGAGUGAGGGCCUUUGCCUUGCAUGCUGUCAAAAUUGGAUCAAUCUCUGACACUGUGUGUGGUCCCCAAGCACUACCAGAAGUGCUCUCUGAGCACAGAGACAGGAGUAGCCCCUGAACACCAUUGGGUUUGGCCCUAACAUUCCCCCUGACCCCAAAUCCAGCUCACAGAUAUUAGCCCAAUGAUUGGGGUCUGGUUCCAUGGCUUAUUUGGGCCUCCAACUCUUUAAAGUGGGAAAACAGUGAACUGCUAUGUGGAUUCAGUCAGAGCACUUAGAAAUCCUGCCAUAGGGCUAUGCUGGGCUGAGAUCUAUCAAUUGUGUCAGGGGUGGAGGAGGUACCUAUACCCUAUGAAUGCUGAACCCGCUCCCUGGUUACUAGUACUGGGAGGGCCCCUGUGCUUUCACCCACUCUGCUUCGUUCUCCCACUAGUGAAAGAGGAGACCGAUGAGCAGGUACAGGAAACAUAGUGAG